UUUUCAAACUAGCCCCACCAUUGCAGGACGAAAAUCAUUGCACACCUAAAAUAUUUUAACUUAAUCACCCUUGCAAUUAAUUACAACAUAUUCCUUUAUACAAUGGUCAUUAUUUAAUAAUACAUGUUAUUAAAAUAUCCUGUUCGCGCUCCAAAACCCUUUUUCCUUAAUAAGCAUUGUUUUCCUACGUAUAUAAUUGGUCGAAAACCCUUGUAUAAUUUUAUAAUGGAUGUAUAUUUGAUUACAUAUUAUACUCAAUAUGCUGGAAACAUCAUUUUUUGCAUUUAUUAUUUUAAGGAUAAUUUAGAAUGUCAAGGUCAUUGCAUAAGAAUGUCUAGAAUCCCCCCCCACCCGGGUAGGUAGAUCAAACUUCUUGAUUUUUAGUUACUCUGGAAAUUCGGAAAAGCUUUAUGUCGACCCACGCGCUUUUCGAUUUACGAUUGACGGCAUAAUAAUCAACGAUUGGGAUACCCAACUCGACCCUCUAACAUGUCGGCUCAGAGACCAACUCGUCUUCCUCCGUUGAAGACGCUCCGAGUUCGCAAUCCGAAUGGCCGACGGGAGAAACCAUGCGUGGCCCUCAUGUCUUCCGUCCUAGCAUGCUGGGCAUCCGCAGGACACAACACAGCAGGAUGCGCGACAGUUGAGCAGGCUUUGCGAGCCUGUAUGGACGCACCCCCGCCUCCGAAACCGAAAGCCAGCGAGAUCAACUACCACCUUUCGCGGUUUAAGGAUAGGCUCACAUUUCAAGAGAAGAAGAAGAGAUGAUAGGCUCAGAAUGGGAGGAUAUGGUAUGGGAUGGGAUGGGAAAGGUUAUACCACGGCCGUGGUAUAAGGUCGUUACGUAUUACGGCAUUUCGGCGCAUCAUGACCGAAGCAGUAAACAGGAAUAGUUGCUGCCCUGUACGAUAAUGGAAAAAGCUAUUACGGCAGGAAGACAUAACUCCUUUCACUAGUAAAAGCAUGAGGUGGCGUUCUGGAUUAUCAUGCAAGGAAGCUAGGUCUAAGCUGAAAUGCUGGCGGUGGUUCUCGACCACCAUGUACUAAAAUUUGUACAUUGGACUAACGCCGUCAAGAGACUACGAAUAUAUUCACGACUUAAACAUUGGUCGGGGCCGUAAUUGACUAACGGUCAAGUCCGGAGGGAACGAAUGAUUUAAUGCCAAGCCCAUAAAAGGGUAAAAAGGGGGAUCAACCAAAAUGGCCCAAUGACGACCCGAUGAUGUUGUAAUACAGCAGCCUCUUAUGUUCUGGGGCGCAACAAACAGUGAUUAAGUUUCACCGAAAUCUGUAAAUUUCCAUGUUCUCAUCUUAUCACACAACGAAGCUCACUACCGACAUAAUAACCCGAAC